AUGGCCAAAGACGUCACCUUUCAAAACAGAGGUGUGCAAAUCGCCGCGCAUCUUCAUCUUCCCAAUAACUUCCAGGAAGAUCGGAAAUACCCUGCACUCGUGGGGGUUCAUCCCGCGGGCGGCGUCAAAGAGCAAACCAUCGGCCUUUAUGCGCAGCAGCUCGCCGCGCAUGAUUUUGUGGUCCUCGUUUAUGACUCUUCCUACCAAGGCGCCAGCGGGGGACAGCCACGUCUCCUGGAGGACCCGACGACGAGGGUAGAAGACGCCCGUUGCGCGGCUGAUUUUCUGACUACUCAGUCCUUCGUCGAUACCGAACGCAUGGGCGUCUUCGGUGUCUGUGCCGGUGGCGGGUAUGCGCUUGCUGUGGCCCAGACCGAACGCCGGUUCAAGGCCGUCGCCGGCGUCAGCGCGACACCAAUGGGCGAAGCGGCCAGAAGGUUCUUUGGAAACCCCAUCCCUCCUGCCGAGCAGAUCAAGUCGCUGGAGGCAGCUGCGGCGGCGAGAACGGCGGCAGCCAAUGGGGCCGCCCCGGUAUAUAUUCCUUUCGUUCCCGAAAGGCUAGAAGAUAUCAACGACAGGACGCCCACCAUGCUUAGAGAGGGCUAUGACUAUUACAGGACGCCGCGUGGCCAGCACUCCAAUUCCAAGGGGCGCUUCCUGAUUACCAGUAUGGAUAAGAUGCUGGCCUUUUCGACCUUUCCCCUGAUUCCGACCCUUUUGACACAACCCAUGCUUCUGAUUGCUGGCAGCGAGGCAGACACGAAGAUCUACAGCGAUGAAGCUUAUGCUCUUUCUGAGGGGCCGAAGGAAUUGUUUGUCGUGAAAGGCGCAACACAUAUCGCUCUCUAUGACAAGCCUGAAUAUGUGGGUCAGGCCAUCGAGAAGCUCGCCUCGUUCUUUAGCCAACUUUGA